AUGUGUGGCACAAAAAAAGAUAGUGUAUGGGUUUGGAAAUUAGCUUUUUUAGUGGAUAUCACAAAAUAUAUGAACGACUUCAACCUAAAAUUACAAGGUAAAGAUGUUCUUAUUUGCGAUGUUUACACAUUAGUAAAAGCAUUUAGGCAAAAACUUAUUUUAUUUAAAACGCAAAUUUCAAAAAAUUGUUUUAUUCAUUUUUCUACUUGUGAUAAAUAUAACAAAGAAUCAAAAACACAAUUUCCAAUCGACUUCGCUCAAAAAAUAAUUUCUGAACUUAAAAUCCAAUUUAAACAACGUUUUUCGGACCUUGACGUAAAAUCGGAGGAAAUAAAUAUUUUUCAAAACCCGUUUAGUUGUGAUAUUGAGAAGUUACCUCCUACCCUUCAAAUGGAAAUGAUUGAUUUAAAAAGUAAUGAUGCACUGAAAAUCAAACAUCGUGAAGAGACUUUAAUUGAUUUUUAUAAAUUUCUCCCAGAUAUACAGUAUACAAAUUUAAAAAAAAUUGCAAUUGAAUAUAUAUCUGUAUUUGCUACUACUUAUUUGUGGGAACAAACUUUUUCUAAAAUGAAAUACAUCAAAUCAAAAUAUAGAUCGGCCAUGACUGACAAACACUUGGAGUCAAUUUUGAAAAUUGGAACUAGCAACAUACAACCUCAAUUCGAUCGAAUAUUAGCAGAAAACCAUCAAUUUCAGACUUCUCAUUAA